AUGUCUUCGACUAUGCAUAUUAUUGCCCUGAUAGAACAAAAAACCAGACAAAAUGGUUUAGACGUUGGAAUAGGCAAAUAUAGGUGUGAAGAGAAUCAAUUUGGAACUUUCAGAUUUAAAGUAUCACCUAGUACAAGGUUGACAAAAUAUUGUCAGCCUUUCUCUGAAGGCGAUGUAGUCAUUUUGGUAGGAAAAUUUGCUUACGAAAUUGUAGAAAAAGCAGAAGGUUUCACGAUCAACGUGACAGUCGCUACGCCAUAUCCCAAACCUUCUUCUGGAUGUUGGGAAACUGAAGAAAUACCCCUUUCAUCACCUUACUUAAGUUUCAAUACUCAACCUAUUCCUGGAUCAUUAAGACAAAUUGAAAAUUGUCAAUUUAUACGUACCAAAUCUAUAAUUGAUUGUAACUUUACGCGUCGAUCUACCGACAUAAGGUUUCGAAUAGGAUAUCAAACUGAUAACGAACGAUUUGAAAAUAUGGCAUCAAUUUGGGAUGCUUAUUCACAAUUUUUUAUUUCUGGAUUUUUCCUUCAUGCUGAUAAUUGUGAAUUACAUAUAGAAGCUAUUGAAGUAGAUUGUGAUCCAGCCACAAAAAAGUCAAAUAAAAUUCAAACUUCUCCUACAGGUUAUUCAGUAUCAAAUAUUAGUCCUUUAGCAAAAAAUUUAUCAAAAUUAUUAGAACAAGAAAGAACUUCAACAGUUAUACCGAUGCCAAGAACUCCUUUAGAACAUCAAUUUCUCAGACCUAUUAAUAUAAGAAAUUCAAAUUCAACUAAUUCACAAUUCACUCCACCUCCAGUACAAGAUGCAAAUUCUCAAGAUUCUUUACAACAAGAUUUUUAUAAAGAACAACCUCAACCUUCCGCUGAACAAAUAGCAGAAUUAAUUGGAGAUCAAGGUAUGCAUCAAGAUAAUAACGGUGCAAUCAAUUCUAAACACUUCAAUCAUGGUGGUGGAAGUUCAAAUUCUGGAUCUAGUGGUGGUAGUUUGACAAGUGUGAUUACGUCAAAUUCCCCCAAAAGAGGACGACGGAGUAAAAAUGAAUUAACUGUUACAAAUCCGCGACCAACUAAAAAAUCGCGGAAUAGUAAAAAAACUAAUAUUGAAGAAGAUGUAACUCCCAAAGAAGGGAAAGAUGUUGGAGUUGGGGAUACGAAUGAAUCAAGUGAUGCAGUUACUACCACAUUACCGGUGGAAGUAGGUUCAUUUGACAUACAAAAAUAA